CGGAUGCGUAAAAAGUCACGGACCAUGCAGCGGCCACGGAGGGAGUACAAUUGACAAUGUGCGGGAUAAUUGUUGUCUUUAUGCUUUUAAACCUUGGCGUCCUGCUGAUCGUAGUGAUUCUGCUCAUUAGAUUGUUCGAGCUAUUGAAAAAGUCAAAAUUUCGCAAACAAUCUCCAAUCGUCCAUUCGUCUGCUGAGAGGUCACUGUCGAGGUCAGCCAACAGGGUAGUCAAAGCAAAUGUCUGCUCCCUCUCCCUGGAGAAGCCAGCGCUGGAAAAGAGAUGCAGUGACUGCAGCCUCUGUUCGAGUCAGUCGUCUGCUCUGUUCACAUGCUCGACGACGAGCAGAGAGAAACUGGUUUCUCCUCAUCCACUUUCUGGUCAAGGCGACGAAACUCACUGCUGUAACCCCGCCAAACUCCCUCCCUUGCCUACACGUUUCGGUGGCGAAGGAAUCUCCUUGAUAAACAAAAAUACGCAAGCUGAUCCAAAUCAAUUUUAUGGUUGUGGCAGAGACCUGAAUGUUUUAAACCCCUCCGGAUUUCCGCCCUUGCAUCCCUGUUUCGGUGGCGAAGCAUCUUCCUUGAUAAACAGAAAUUUGCAGAGUAAUCAUAAUCACCUUUCUGGUCUCGGCAAAGACCUUAUGUUUCUAAAUCCUCCAAGAUUUCUGCCAUUGCCUCCCCACUUCGGUGGCAAAGCAUCCUCAUCGAUAAAGAAAAAGAAGCAAUCUAAUAUAAAUCAACUUUCUGGUCUUGGCGAUGAUGUGACAUUUUUUAACCCCACCAAAGUUCUGCCCUUACCUCCCAGUUUUGAUUGCCAAGGAUCUUCACUGAUAAACAAAAAGAAGCAAGCUAAUCCAUUCAUAUUUUCUGGUCUGGGCAAAAGUACAAGGUGUUUUAAUUCCAGCCGAAGCCCACUCCGAAAGGUGCUCAAAUUUGGAAGGCUCAAGUGUAAAGCGCGUGCAAGAAUAAAGAACAAGCACGUGAUUCCCCCACUGACGUCUCAUGUGGAUGACUCUUUUAAUAGACAGCGAUUUGCAAUGGAUCGUCCGGCGCUAUCAAACGUCUUUCCUCCCGGCAUUGAUGGAUGCUGCAGUCCAACAAGUUAUUCUUCUUUCGGAGAUUCCUGGUCGUCAUUCUCUGAUGUUCCAUGCAAGACGGCCACAAAUCCAAAAGAAAUGAGUGAAAUAUCCAAUAAUAAGAUUGGCUCUUCAUUAAAAGCCGAUCAAGCUGUAGACUGUAGACCCGGCUUCAGCAGUAUUCCUAAUAAAACCACGAAAGACGAAUAUUGCUCAUCAAGCUCCUCGACAUCCAAUGCUUUUCUUUUCGAAAAUUCAUGGACCGGGCCAGUCUCUAAUGUCCCCUGCGAGAUCGCCGCAAAUCAAAGAGAGAUAGGUGGAAUGUGGAAUAAUAAGUUUGACUGUUCGUUAAACGCUGGUCAGGACGUUUACUAUAAACCCGGGCUCAGCAACAUUCUUCGAAGAAACGCAACAGCCAAAUACUGCUCUCCAGGCACAGCCGCCACCUUCAGUUCGCCAAGUGCUUUUAUUUACGCCCCGAGAGAUGCAUUGAAGGGAUCGGUCUCUGAGGUCCCAUACGAGAUGGCCUCAAAUCCAAGAGAGUUAGAUGACAUGUGCAAUCAUAGGUUUGGAUUUUCCUUUAAAGCUGCUGACAGUAAACCCUGGCUCAGCAGCGUUUUACAACAAGACUUUUCCUCAAACUCGAUAUCUACAGCUUUCAGCAAAUCCUGCUCCACAAAGGAGCCGCUUAAGAAUGGCGAAUCAGAGCACGUCCACAUGGACAAGCUGUUGAAACAAAUUGCCAAGUUCAAGGAGGUGACAAAGUUCAGAAUUGAUGAAAUGUCUCACAUGGACGUAAAGCAAACUCCAGCUGGAAGCCAAAGCAGAGAGAGUUUAAACUACUUGGUUAAACCGUUGGACACUGGCCAAGACUGUUUAACAUCUGAAAAGACUGGCAUGUGUUCACAGCCGUGUCGGCCUCAAUAUCUGAAGCAUUUACAAGAGACUAUAACAGGUCAAACUACUGAUCAAACUACUGGUCAAACAACUGGUCAAACAACUGGUCCAACUACUCGGACAAUAAAAGACAUAAUGGAUGAGUACGGUUUUAAAUCCAGAAGGGUUGACACAGCAGCCAUUGGCUCCGACAUCCCAAAGCCUUUUCCUAAGAGCGUUCAGUGGUUUGACAGACUGGCAAAGGAAGAGUACACUAACUAUCCCUGGAAUAGAUAUCUUGAUAACAACUUCAACAGAUCCAUUGAUCAGAGACGAUCUCCGAAACCUUUUGAAACAGACAGCUCCAUGCCAGUCAGAGUGGAGGAUGUCUCCCAGUUUUCCGAAUCUACUUGUAAGCAUUCAUCGUCGUCUACAUGUUGCCUUAACAAAAUACAAGAGUCAUUUCAACAGCCAAACACAAACAUAUCUAGUUCCUUUCAAAGCGGAACUCUCCAAGACAAAGAUUCAGAACAAAUCACACAAGCAAACAAACCUGAAGUUUUCAUUAGUAAAACUGAGAGAUCCCUCGAAGAUCCACUCGUAUCAACUACAUUAUACACUCCAACUGAAAGUAAGGAUCUGAAUUCGGACGCUCCAGUUAACAAUUUGAGCAUCGACGAAGUUGAAAUGACGCCAUCCGCUGGACAACCAGUCAACGUUGAUGCUGACAUUUCUCCAAACGAAUUGCUUCGAAUUUUGCGCAUCUACUACAGCGACCUCCCGGCACAAGGCUCUCGUGAUAAUGCGUUGAUCUUACUGCGGGAAGAGAAAGAGCGACUUCAGAAAAUUGACGCGAUCAUCUCCUCAACAUCUCUUCGGCAUUCGGAGGACAACUCAAAGAAAUUGCCGAAUAGCUUUUCCGAAUCGUUCAGCGACACCGGUGAAACGCUUACUGAUAGAAGGUCUAUUUCAGCGCCGAAUUUAAGUAACAACUAUUACAAGUCAAACGACUAUAUUGAUAAUUCAACCGUCAGUAAGUCUGAAUCAGUUCCGCUUUUAGCUCAGCAUGUCAGCCAUUUGAUCGAAUCUGAGCCUUUCAGGAAGUCGCGAGUUGUCGGUCCUGAUAAUGUGGACUCGUCUAUCUGGCUUGGCCCAUCCGAGGGUAAGAAUAAUUGCCUUAGCCAAUAUUGGCAAGAUGAUUUGUCCAGAUUAGGCAAUGAAGUAAGUCAAACCUACUGUGUAAGAAACCCAAGAAUGCCCCAUCUACGAAUAAGAAAUAAGCAGAGAAGAAGUAGAUCUAGAUCUCAAUCAAAGUUUGUUUUCCUAACGCGACGUAAUGAAUAUCUUCAGACGAGUCAAGAAACAAUGAAAUGCAAAUAUGAAUAGAUGGAAACUAAAAGCCAAGACUUUUAUAUUGUUGACAUUGUUACGAGACAUCGCUAAUAAGUGGAAAUCAUUAAAAGACCUGAUCGAAAAGACAAGUCUCUAUAACGGUUUAAACAAGUGAGAAAACAAAUCAUGUUUUCAUUCCAACAAAAAAUUAAACAGAAAAAAAAUUUAAA